CACCAAUCCAUCCAUCCUUACGCAUUAGCUACACUCCCCGGCGUCGAGCCCCCGCGAACCCUAGACCGCCGCCCUCGCAUCUCCGCUCGUCGCCGCGGGGUACUCCCUCCACCCGUCUAGUGGGAGUCGCGGCGGGACGUCCCCGAUCCGAGCUCUCUCCGCCUUAGGGUUUUUGGGGCCGGCCAUGGACUCCAUGGAGCAGCCGGAGCCCAAAACCGCGGGCCACUACUACGCCCUUCAGGUUGGCUCCGUUUUCCUGACGGGCUACUACAACGUCCUGACGAACCAGCCGCACCUGGCGAACCAGUUCUACACGGACAACAGCAGUGUUGUUAGACUGGACUGCGAGACGGGUCGGUGGUCGUUUGGAGAGACGGUGGAGGUUAUCAAUGAUAUGAUGAUGUCCAUGAAACUAAGCAAGGUUGAGGUUAAAACAGCGAAUUUCUUAGAGUCAUGGGCUGGGGCGAUUACGCUGUUGGUUACUGGCCUAGUGAAAUUGAAGCACUACCCUGUUCGCAAGCGAUUUGCUCAGAAUAUUGUUCUUGCUCCAAAGGAAGAUGGAUAUUUUAUAUUCAGUGACAUCUUUAAGCUCAUUUGUGAUGAGUAUGAUGAUCAGUACCCUUUUGCUGAUUACAAUUGUGCUGACAACAUGCCCCAAGUGGAAGCGUCUUACACAAUGGCUGAAAUAGGGUCUGAUUAUUUGGAUGGAGAACCUGAGGCACAGGAGACUGUUGAUCCUGCUGAAAAUCAUGUGCAGCACCAAGAUUAUUUGGAAUAUAAGGCUGGCAAUGUGAUUGAUGAUGAAACUCAUUUGGAAGAGCAUAUUCCCCCAUUCCCCAGUUCAACGGAUGUUAAAAGGGAUUCACCUCUUGCUCUUCCCCACCCUCCAUCACCUACCCUCGAAGAACCUGUGGAAGAAGCACCCAAGACAUAUGCUUCAGUGUUGCGAACGAAAUCAAAGGCAACGCUGGCGAUUACAGAGUCACAGCAGGCUCAACAGCUGGCCCAGCAGCCACAGUCUGCCUCAGUGCAUGAAAAGUCUAACCUGGACAACCACCGGGAUGUUAGCGUCCCUGAGGAUGAAGAAGAGUUUCUUUCGGUUUAUGUUGGGAAUCUUUCGCCAUCUACUUCGGUCUUUGAUCUUGAGAAAGUGUUCCAGGCUUUUGGAAGAAUUAAACCUGAUGGAGUUGCUAUCCGAAGCCGCAAGGAGGCUGGAGUAUUCUUUGGCUUUGUUGAGUUCGAAGACAUGUCUGGUAUUCAGAAUGCUUUAAGUGCAUCUCCAGUAGAGUUAAAUGGCCGUUUUGUUCAUGUUGAAGAGAGGAGGCCUAACUGCGGAUUCCCUCGUGGAAGAAGAGGCCGUGGAAGAGCUGAUUUCUCAAGGGACCAAGCUGGUGGGAGAUACGACGGGGAGUAUGCUACUCGAUCGAAAGGAAUUGGGCACCAGAAAAAAACUGGACGCCAGUAUGACAGUUACUACUAGUUAUGUACCGCUCUGCUGGUAAAUGGCCGUGUACCAUUGGUGUUCUCUACUUGGUGCUGUUCUGGCCAUAAUUUUGCUAAAAGUCACAAUGAUGUCGGGACUAGUAUUUCUGCUUUGUUGACAUUCGGCGGAGUCUUUUUUGGGGGAUGGGCAUCUGUUACC